AUGGAUGAUGACUCAAAAAGAUUGUCUAUUAUUGAGGAGCAGCUCAACCACAUCCUACGUGGAUGUGAAGAUGAUGAGAAAGUGGCUCGGACCAGUUUCUCCAUGGGUUUCACUUUCACCCACAUGGACAGAAGGCUCCACCAAAUGUUGUUUGCUGAUAGAGAUUAUGAGAGUGCUGGAGUAACCACAACAAAUGUUGAUUAUCCUCCUUCUUUCAGGCCUAAUAUCAGAAUAGAACGUAUUGAAGAAAAAGGCUACUCAGUUGUUAGUGUGAAAUGCAAAGAUCGGGCAAAAUUGAUGUUUGACAUUGUCUGCACUCUCACUGACAUGGAAUAUGUUGUUUUUCAUGCCUCAAUCUCAUCUGAAGGCCCUUAUGCAUCACAGGAGUAUUUCAUCAGGCACGUGGAUGGGUGCACACUUGACACUGAAGGGGAGAAAGAAAGGGUCGUCAAAUGCAUUGAAGCUGCUAUUCAAAGAAGAGUAAGCGAGGGUGUGAGCCUUGAGCUGUGUGCAAAGGAUAGAGUGGGCUUGCUGUCUGAAGUGACUAGGAUUCUACGAGAAAACGGCUUGACAGUUUGUAGGGCAGGUGUAUCAACUAUUGGAGAGAAAGGACUAAAUGUUUUCUAUGUGAGAGAUGCAUAUGGAAACCCUGUGGACAUGAACAUUAUUGAUGCACUGCGUAAAGAAAUCGGCCAGACUGUAAUGGUCAACGUGAAGAAGGUACCAGCCAACACGAAAGCACCAGAAACAUCCCGAGGAUGGGCUAGAGUAAGCUUCUUCUUUGGGAACUUGUUGGAAAGGUUCUUGACUUGA